UGCACAUAGGGAUACUAUGAAACACAUACAUGCACACAAACACACACGCAGAUAUGACGAUGUCUCUUCUGGAGUUAAUUCAAGAAGCCCAAGUCGUGCUGAGUCGCCUGCUUCACAAUGUGUCUGUGUCUGUCAGCCUGUUGACCCAGAGACACACACGCAGGAGCUAUGGACUGAGCUGCAGAACAGAUGACAUUAUGCAGAGGGAGAAUGGUCUUCUGUGUGCAGCAGAAAUUGGCUCUGAACUCCAGAAGCAGUUCGCCUUCCUCCCAGGGGGCCGCGGGGCGAAUGGCAGCCCCAUCAUCAUCUUCCCAGAAUUCCCUGAUUUCAGCGAGCUGGAUGAGGAGGAGGUCCAAAAUGUCUUCAACUACCUGACCAAUGUCCCAAGUGUUGCAUCAAGUGGAGUGGGCUUCAUCUUGGUCAUCGACAGACGACUGGACCGAUGGGCCGCUGUCAAGGCCACCCUGCUCCGUAUCGCAGGCUCAUUUCCAGGGAACUUACACUUGGUUCUGGUGUUGCGUCCCACUACAUUGCUCCAGCGGACUCUGUCGGACUUCCUCUUCAAGUUCAACAAGGAUGAGUUUAAAAUGAAGGUGGUGAUGCUGAGUUCGGUGACUGAGCUCCAUGCCUACAUCGACCCAGCACAACUGACCACAGAGCUGGGGGGCACGCAGGAGUACUGCCAUGACACCUGGAUCUCACACCGCACUGCCAUCGAGGCAUUCGCCCUCAUGGUGAAGACCACAGCACAGACCCUGCAGGCGUUUGGCACUGAGCUUGCAGAGACCGAAUUGCCCAACGAUGCCGAGGCCACCACCAACCUGCUGCACACACACACCUUGAAGAAGGAUCACAUGAAGGAGGACCUGCAGGUGGCGUUGUCUCAGGGAGGGAGACUGUUGGGGUGUAUCAACGAACCUUUGCAGGAGGACCCUGAUUACAGCAUGAGCCAUGACGAGCUGGAAAACCUGGCCACCGUACAGAGACUCCUGGGUCAGCUGGAUGAGACGGAGACGGCGUUCGACGAUUUCUGGGAGCGCCACCGCACCAAGCUUGAACAGUGCCUGCAGCUCCGCCAUUUUGAACAGCACUUCCGUGAAGUGCGUGCCCAGCUGGAUGUGAUGUUGGAGCGGUUGUGUGGUUUCUCUGAGGUCAGCAUAAGCCCCGCCCACGCUGACCACGUCCUCCGAGAGCUCAGCAGCCAUGAGGAGAAGGCCUGUGAUGUGUUGGACCGUGCCCUGUCCCUGGCCAGUGAAGGUGACAGUCUUAUAGAAAACUCCCACUACGCUGAGGACUGCAUCAGGCCAAAGUGCAGUGAGCUGAGAGGAGUGUGUGAGGAGAUCAGCUCCACUCUGAGGAGCAAGAAGAACCUCCUCCUCAAAGCAAUGGAGCUCCACCAUGCUCUGGAGAAGGCGUUGCGGUGGUGUGAGGAGGGCAUCUACCUGUUGGCCUGCCAGCCGGUGGACCGCUGCCAGUCUCAGGAUGGAGCGGAGGCGGCCCUGCAGGAGCUGGAGCGUUACCUGGACACCGGGCCGCUGCACACCCUCACUGACCUCAGCGCCAUCUGCUGCCAGUACGAGGCGGUGCUCACCCCUCAGCUCAGGGACCAGGUGGAGAAAGUUUUCCAGAAGCAGGGCUCUGUCCAGGAGAUGUUUGAGAAGAGACGGGUCAGCCUGAAGAAACUGGCCGCCAAGCAGACCAGACCAGUCCAACCAGUAGCACCGAGGCCUGAGAUCAAGUCCCCGCUCUCCUCUCCUGAUCAAAGGAGAAAAGAGAGGAGAUACUCUGAGGACAAUGUGUUGAAUGGAAUCUGCAAAAAGGCUGAGUCUCCUUUGCACAACGGCGGCACCAGACAUGCUUCCCUCUCAGAAGAAGAAGAAAACCUGGCAGUCCUCCGACGCCAUGUGAUGAAUGAGCUGCUGGAGACAGAGAGAGCGUAUGUGGAGGAGCUGCUGUGUGUGCUGGAGGGUUAUGCAGCAGAGAUGGACAACCCAGCCAUGGCUCAUCUCAUCCCCAGCACCCUGCUUGCCAAGAAAGACGUCCUGUUUGGCAACAUGCCUGAGAUCUACCAGUUUCACAAGAGGACAUUUUUGAAGGAACUGGAAGCGUACACUGACUGCCCUGAACUGGUGGGCCGCUGCUUCUUAGAAAGGAUGAAUGACCUGCAGAUCUACGAGGCAUACUGCCAGAACAAACCUCGCUCCGAGAGCCUAUGGAGACAGUGCUCUGACUGUGCCUUCUUCCAGGAGUGCCAGAAGAAGCUGGAACAUAAACUGGGCUUGGACUCCUACCUCCUUAAACCUGUCCAGAGAAUAACCAAGUACCAGCUACUGCUCAAGGAGUUACUGAAGUACAGUAGAGGCUGUGAUGGCUGUGAUGACCUACAGGCAGCACUUUCCUCCAUUCUGGGGAUCUUGAAGGCCGUUAAUGACUCCAUGCACCUCAUCGCCAUCACAGGAUAUGAGGGUAACCUGUCUGAGCUUGGUCGCCUGCUGAUGCAGGGCUCCUUCAGUGUGUGGACGGAGCACAAGAAAGGUCAUGCCAAGGUCAAGGACUUGGCUAGGUUCAAACCCAUGCAGAGGCACUUGUUCCUGCACGAGAAGGCCCUGCUCUUCUGUAAGAGGAGAGAAGAGAAUGGCGAGGGCUACGAGAAAGCCCCGUCCUACAGCUUCAAACACUCCCUCAGUAUGAGUGCGGUGGGCAUUACCGAGAAUGCGAAAGGAGACAACAAGAAGUUUGAAAUCUGGUGCAACUCCAGAGAAGAGGUUUUUAUUGUUCAGGCUGCAACACCGGAGAUUAAAUCGGCUUGGGUGAACGAGAUCCGCAAAGUUCUGACAGAACAGCUCAAAGCAUGCAGAGAAGCCAGUCAACAGAAGAGCUCAGACUCUGUUUCCCCCAGUCCCACCAGCAACAAUACCACCAUCUCCCUCAGCCCAUUCCGUAGUAGCAAUCAGAAGAACCAGAAGAAACAAGAGGAGAAGAAGGCGGAGCCAAGCCCAGUCUCUGACCCCAACUCCUCACCAAAACACAAAGAUGAACCAGUGACCAGUCCGACCACUGACAGGUCCUCAGUGGCUAAAAAGCGCUUUACUUUGCAGGGCUUCAGCAAUCUCAAGAGUCAGAAAGACUCUCUGCCUCCUGGUGGCUCAGUCCUGAGCCCCGAGCACUGCUCCAAACGCCAUUUGGUCAAGAGUGACCCUACACCGUUUGGGUUCAAAGAACCUGGUCCUCAUGUCACUUUGAGCAGGGUCAAAUGGAUGAGUACCUCUAGCCUGUUACAAAGUAAGAGGCGAGGCUGGAACAAGGCAUCUCUCUCAGUGGAUGCCUCAGAGGAGCAUGAUGGGUACUCCAGUGGCGAGGACCCCAUGAACUCUGACCCUGAGGACGAGGCAGGAAAGAAGCUGGCUCCAGGAAAGUACACAGUGGUAGCGGACUGUGAGAAGGCCGGGCCUCAGGAGCUGUCCGUCAAGAGUGGAGACAUGGUUCAGCUAAUCAAAGAAGGAGAGGAUGGACAGUGGUUUGUGAAGAACCUUCGGACCACCAAGGAAGGCUGGGUGGCAGCAGCAAACCUCCUCACCCUCAUCUCUGAGUCCAAGUCCUCCCAGUCCCUCAGCAGCUCAGAUGGCAGUGUGUCCGGGAACCUCAGCACUUCCUCCAGCUGCAGCGAGACCUACACCAGCUUCUCCGAUAUCAAACCCUGACCCCGGCUCCCAUCGAGCUCCGUCACUCAAAUGGAAACCCACGAGCUGAACUGAGCAGGACGCCCCUGCAGCUGAACCCGACCAGGACGGUGACAUGGCAGCACUGUGCCCGUCCCACAGCGUCCACAGUGUUACCUGCCGGAGCCCCCGGCGUUUUAUCUUCCAGUGUUAACCACACCCAUCUUUUCCUGGACAGUCACAGUCAGCCUGAUCCCACAUGAAAUCCAGCUCCCCUCUGCACCAGGGUGUGCCAGGGUUAGACUGACAGAUCACUUUUACAUGAUGGCCUUAAUGCUGUUCUAUUAUUAUUAUUAUUUUUUAAUGAUCAGAUUAAAGAGAUACUUGAGAUCAGAUACUGUCGACUUAAAUCCAAAAUUUUAUCAGUCAACUAACUUUUGGUGUAUCCUCACUGUAAUCCUGUUGAAUCCUACUGAAAACUCUUUCAGUAGAAUUAGGACUCUCUAGUAUUAUCAUUAUUAUUAUUUUUAAUUAUUAUUAUUAUUAUUUUUUGUUUUGUUUUGUUUGUUUUUUUUUCCAGACAAUAACACAAGGUAAUAUCCAAAAAUGAAAUCCACUACACAACAAAAACAUAUCAAAACAGUAAAUAAUUAGACAGUGAAUGAUUUUUUUUAAAAUAAAUGUUUUGCAUCAAAAUGGUCAAAUUUGGAGACUGUCGAAGCUAAAUAUUAUCAGUUGAAGGCAGCUUCCUAUAAUAUAAAAAUGUCUGUUUUUUUAUUGACUGUCAAAAGCAUCUAUCAGUCCAACCCUACCUGUAUGUGCACCCCCGUCCCAAACAGCGUGCCCUCCUCUCCAACUACCAACCCUGGAAAAAAAAAAAGAUUGGAGCCCCGCUCAGAGUUUCAGCCCAGUGACAGACUGGAGUGUGAAGCAUCCUGCAGAUAUCAGACAUGGUAUUUCACAUGCUGCAUCGGCUUUCGUGUCAAAUAUUAAUGGGACGCUGUGAAAUGUGGCAGCCGGCUGCAACAACAGCCACUUGGAGCACGCCCUGCAGCGUUAGCGGGCAAACGUGCAGGGCAUCAGCCUGGAAAUCCUAAAGCGUUCCCGUGGUCCGACACGUCCAGCACGCAGGUGAUUCUGACUCGAUUCUGUUUCACAGAGCGGCAUCACUCUGUGGCCGGCUUUUCAUUUCCCCUGUUCAAGCAUGCUGACAUAAUGCUGCGUUCAGGUCAUACCGGAAAAAUGGUAAUGGUGAGCUUCCUGUUGGGAAAUACUCUUUACCUCAGCUUUCACCUCCUUAGGAGUCUGGCUUUUUGUCACACAAUUGCAGGUCUUUAAAUGCCACAGCAGGACGCAGCCACUUGCUGCACUAUUUGGGUUACUGUAAAAAGUGAAUCUGGCUGGAAGUGGAAAUGUAUUCCAAGUGAAAACACCAGAGCGAACACAAAAACUGCAGUCAUGGCACUUUUAUAUUUGCCAAUGUUUUUGGACGUGCGUGCACUGGAAAAUCUUUUAAACCGUAUGACCUGAAUGCAACAUAACAGCCGUGUGUGUGUGUUUUUUUUUUUUUUUUUAAUUAGAUGAAUCCAGACCUGCACUGUAACCUAAAGCACUACCUGGUGGUCAUAUGUCCUCACAACAACCCGCACCUCAAACUACACACACACACACACACACACAAACAUCUGAGGUGGCAGACAGUGGAGAAUCUUGGAACAGAGCAAACUACCUUCCUGUAAGAGGGAGGCUUCUUUUUAGGACUGAUCCAUCAUGGACUUAUCUCUCAGGAACUCCAAGAAGUUGUGCGGGUAUGCGGGUGUGACUGCAUGCCUGCUUGCAAACAACUGUGUGUGUGUGUUUGUGUGUGUGUGUGCGCAUUCUUGCAUAUGUGUGUGGGUGUGUCUCCACCACGGACACCCAAAAUAGGCUACACACCCCCAUUUGGUGAAGCUUUCUCCUUGGGAUCUAUAUGGGAUGUUUUUUUUUUUUGUUUUGUUUUUUUGUAUUGGGAUUUGAAUAAUGGUCAGAAUGAAACAUUUAUACAUUUAAAUGACUUCUUUCAAGUCAUUAAAAUGCAGCUUUUGCUGGAUCCCGGUCUCUGGAGGAUCCCGGGACCUGUGUUUUCAGCCAAAGCAACAACCUCCCAUGUAGAUCUAGGUAGACAGUUGUUGCCCCGUGCUCACCUAUCUGUGGUGUGUGAACAAAAGCAGGCUUUGUUCUGCCAGCGCGCUCCCAGCCCCACUCAGACAUGUGACAAUAGCCACUUCUCUACAGGCAGACCUGCUCGACAUGUUUAUAUCACCAGCCUGACAGCACUACCUGUUUAUUUGACACCUAAAUGUAGCGGGGAGAUGGUGGCCGUCUGCUGGAGAGCGGCCAAAAUGAGAGAAAAACGUCAUUUGAGCGUGAAUUAAGCUCAUGGGGAUGAUGAGGAAUAAAGCCAAACCUGGGGAGCCGUGUCAGGCCAUGGAACAACAGAUGCUACCUGCACUAUGUUGUUUACUGGAGGCUGGACAAAACACACACACACACACACACACACACACACACACACACACGCACAGUGAAUCUCUGCUGUUCUGAAUCCUGGGCGUCACUUCUUUUCACAAAUGUUUUUUUUUUUUUUUUUUACAUUUGUACUGUAUCCAGAAGGUGCACUGACAAAUGAGCUCUUCCCUUUUCCAUCCUUAAUGUUUAACCCUUUGAAACCUGAGCAGAUGCAUUUGGUUUCUUUUAAAAAUGUGGGGAAAAAGGCAAUAAGCAGUGACCCAAAACAUUGUGAGAAAUCAGAAAAACAUUACAAGAAAUUUACCCCUUUUUCAUUUGAGCUAAUUUGCAUGUCAUCUUACAAAUUUUCUGCCAAUUUCCUGGUCAUCUCUGGCUGUGCAGCACCUCACCUUUUUUCCUCAUGCAUGCUUUUGCAAGAAAUCAAGCCAGUUUGCUCCGGUUCCGAAGCGCCUCAGGCUGCGUUCCUUUACCAAGAAUUUAAACAGAAGAAAUCUGACGUCCCAUCCAGGUUUCAAAGGGUUAAUGUCGUACACGUAUUAUGGAACGGGGAAAUAAUGAUCACAGUAUAUGCACUGUUGCACUAAAACCCUCCCCAAACUCAAACAAAACUGUGUGUACCAUCAUCAUCAUGUUGGAAGUCAAAGUCCUCUUAAAGGGGUACUUCACCCAUUUUAAAUGAUAUUAUUUAACUAUUUAGCUGUUCUGUAGGACAGUAGUAGUGCUAUCUUCCUUUCAUUGUUACUGAGUGCUGGAUACUGGCUGGAUGCUCCAAAUGCUAACUGUUAGCCUCCUGCCAUUGAGCUUGACUUCCCCCCGGCUAACGUUCUCAAAAACAACCCCCACUACUGUCCUACAUAGCAGCUACAGGACGUGAAUUAUCAACCUUUUGAAAAUGAGUGAACUCCUUUUAACCAUGACCAGCGCUCCUGGUUGUUUCCUGUUUUGUCGCCUUAACUUCCUGAGUGAUUGAACACUGAGAACCACUUUCAGGUAUUCCGGGUCAAAUCCAGUUUAUCACAAGUCCUCCUGCCUCACAGGCCUCCUCUGGUAUCAGACUGUGAGCUGCAGCAGAGCGCAUGCUGUGGACGGCACUCCCUGUCCAUCAGUGUAAGUUGAAGUGUAAGACUGCAAAAUGUAUGUUCCAUGUGUACAGAUGUUCCCCCGCUAUACCUCACAUUGUUAUCCUGUCAGGACGUGUGUAUCGUGAAGCGGAUCAUCUGCUUUCUGUGAAUCUUUGUCUUCUCUGUGUAGGAUUUUACUCACUGUUUGUGGCAUGUUCCUCAUAAGCCCCAAAUCUUCAACGUAAAGCCCUAAGAAAGGCCUUUUUUUUAACAGGCCCUGUUAUAUAUUCUAAGAGUUUCCUCUCUGCCCCCUUCUGGAAGCCAACACGGGCACUAAAAUUGUCAGCGCCUGAUCACAAUCACACAAUUAAGCUUAUUGGAUUAUUUGUACUUUUGGCUCGGAGGCUGGAGAGAUGGUUGUAUUUUUUUGUUCUUCAUGUUAUGCAGCACAUUGCAGCACCUACCCUCUUUAUUUUCCUACUGUACCUACUGAGUAUUGUGUCGAUAUAAAGAUAUUAUAAUGACAAUGAGAUAUGCCUACAUAUCUGUGUAUAUUUCUGUAAAUAUGUAAUUCUCAAUUGUAUGUAAUAUGAAAAGCAGCUUUAAUAAAGUCAGAGAUGGUUUCCUCUUA